AUGGACAAAAGAAAUUGUUAUUCCAGGGCAAAGUAUGUUCCUACAUCUGCAGAACAUAUAGCUAAAGUAAGAAAUAACCGAGAAACAUUAUUGCUUGCAAGAAUGAGCAAAGGACUCUCUCAACAGUCGAAUGGAACACUGCGAAGCUUUUACAGAGAAAAGGCGAAAACGAACAAUUGGCUUGAAAAAGUUCAGGAGAAAGUCUCGAGAAAGUUAAACACCAAGCCAGAAGAAAAGAUAGAUGUUAUUUGGAAAACUGAUGAGGUGAGAGAUGUGAUGAAAGUUCAAAUCAGAAUGAGACGAAAAAGUUUGGAAGUUAAUCAGACUGAAGAGACUCGAAGAAGAAUCCGGGAGUUCUUAACAAGUGAAAUUCCAGUGGAUAAGUCAAGGAAUGCGCAACUUGGACGUUUAGACAAAAUCGGUACGAAGAAUGACUCGACUGAAUUAGAACAACGGAGUCCGGCAGAAAGUUCAACAGAUGAUAAUAAAACGAAAAUGCAAACUUCAAAACCUUUUCGAGUUCGCUCGCGCACAUCCGGGAUAUGUUUUUCAUGUUCUCACUGCAACUUGCAGGGUUUGCGCCCAUCAGCAANGUAAGAAAUAACCGAGAAACAUUAUUGCUUGCAAGAAUGAGCAAAGGACUCUCUCAACAGUCGAAUGGAACACUGCGAAGCUUUUACAGAGAAAAGGCGAAAACGAACAAUUGGCUUGAAAAAGUUCAGGAGAAAGUCUCGAGAAAGUUAAACACCAAGCCAGAAGAAAAGAUAGAUGUUAUUUGGAAAACUGAUGAGGUGAGAGAUGUGAUGAAAGUUCAAAUCAGAAUGAGACGAAAAAGUUUGGAAGUUAAUCAGACUGAAGAGACUCGAAGAAGAAUCCGGGAGUUCUUAACAAGUGAAAUUCCAGUGGAUAAGUCAAGGAAUGCGCAACUUGGACGUUUAGACAAAAUCGGUACGAAGAAUGACUCGACUGAAUUAGAACAACGGAGUCCGGCAGAAAGUUCAACAGAUGAUAAUAAAACGAAAAUGCAAACUUCAAAACCUUUUCGAGUUCGCUCGCGCACAUCCGGGAUAUGUUUUUCAUGUUCUCACUGCAACUUGCAGGGUUUGCGCCCAUCAGCAAGUGUACCAAAUAUGACAAGAAAAUGCUCAGAAGAGCAUCGAUCGCAUACCUCAUUGAAUUCAAACAUGGCGCGGUUCAGAAAACUCAGUGUUCCCAUGACUAGUCAGGUGUUCCGGGCCCAAAAUAGAAGCUAUGACGUCUAUACCCCCCGCCCACCCUCCGCAGGAAGUAGCUUAACAUCCAAGGGGGAACACAUAACAAGAACUGACUCCUGUUUGAAAUUAGUGCCGAUGAAAAAACACAGCAUUUGA